AUGGAGUACCACUACUGCCACGAAGACUUUGACAAUGCACAGCUCCAGAUGCUGGUUCAGCGUGGACGAACGCAGGACGGUUGUUUCCGCAGCGCAGCGGCUAUCUGGGAAGAGCGUGAGGGCGGCCAAAUGCGGCAUCUUUGGCAAACCACAGCCACAAAACAGCAUCUCAAUUCGAUGCUUGCCCUGUUCUUUGGGCGCAUUCUUGCUUUGCAUAAGGAUUUUCUCCACAAGCCUGAACACACUUACUCGAUCGUGGCCGAAUUCCUCGGAGCUAGAUACAAAUACCCCAAGGGCACGUCCUUCGGUCGCUUCAACGUUGUCGGUGGGCAUCGAACAGACCUUUGCAGAAAUGGGUCCCUUGUGCGCCGCCUCCAGAAAAUGCUGGAACCAGAGUACCAGGCACAGAUACUGUUUCUGCGUCGGGCAGGUAGCCCAGUGCCGGAAAGCCUUACUCAGCGCGUUUCUCGCUGCAAAUUUGCCGACGAUCACCGCCACCGCUGUGCAGGUCGCGAGACUGCCUGCUGA